UCAGAUUCUAUCAAAACCUUCCAGCAACGUCCGCCUCCAUCAAUUUCACGCGCACCAAGCUCAAUCAAAUAUCCAACAAGUUACCUUACCUUGUAACCUUGAUAAUCCCACAUUUUCGUGCAUUUCAUAUUCACAUUUUUUUAUUUCUCUUUCUCUCUGUUAUUUAACGUGAUCGUCCAAGAUAAUCAAUCCCAAAAAUGGGCAAGUCCAAAAAGCCACGCAUCACCAACUUCCACCACCUUGAUAGACACAAAAGUAGAAGUUCUACAGCUGCUGUCAAUUCAAGAGCUGGUGGUGCUGGCCCCGGUGGGCCUAAGAAAAUGAAAAGCUUCUCGAGAGUUUCAACGUCUGCACCGGCUUUCAAAGAUGCCCAGGGGAGCGGGAGUGCAAAGGAGAAACCAAACUCGAAGAAUGCGAAUGCAAAUGCAAAUGCAAAUGCACAGAGUCGGCCUCCGACAAUUCCAUUUCAGAAGCGAGAUCGGAUUUUGUUGGUUGGAGAAGGAGAUUUCUCAUUUGCCCUGUCUCUUGCGGUGCAUUACGGCUGCAAAAAUCUGCUUGCCACCAGCUACGAUGCUGAGCAGGCACUUUAUGAGAAAUAUCCACAGGCAAAGUUGCAUAUUGAGAAGCUAUGUUCGCGUGGUUCAGAAACGUCUUCGUCGCCGUCUAAAAUCUUGAAACGAAAGAGGGAACAGAUUGAAGGUUUUGAAAGUGACGAUCGCAAUAACGAGGAAAGGGAGGAGCGGGACGCGAAGGAUGAGAAUCUGAAUCCGAAAACUCAAGAUAUAGAAAAGCGCCCAGAGACACAAGAUGCCAAGAACCAGGUCCCGAAAGUCCUCUUCUCCAUCGAUGCCCGUAAACUAGGCUCCGGACCUGCUGGCGGAGGCCAGGCUAUACGCAACGGAUUCCCUCGCGCCACCGCUCCCUUGCCCGCUGGCAAAAACAAAAAUCACCGUCCAUGGAAGGACGCUAUUAAUUCCCCCCAACAUCAAAACCACCAGCAACAUACCGGCCGCGGCGGUCCCUGGGACAUAAUCUGCUUCAACUUCCCUCACGUCGGCGGCUUGAGUACAGAUGUAAACCGGCAGGUACGCGCGAACCAAGAGCUACUCGUCUCGUUCUUUAAAGCGUGCAUACCGCUCCUUUCAGAGCCGGUGGUGCUGCCCACUACUUCCCAGGAUGGGGAUGAUGGGGAUGGAGAUGAGUGUGACGAUGACGAUGAUGACUGGCCUGACUCCCAUUCCGAACCUAGCACCGGCAGUGAUAUUGAGAAGGAAGAGAAACAACACCCACGCACAACCCCAGGUCAAAUCCUCGUCUCCCUCUUCGAAGGGGAACCUUAUACGCUCUGGAAUAUCCGCGACUUGGCGCGCCAUGCGGGCUUGCGUGUCGUUACUAGCUUCCGGUUUCCCUGGGCUAGUUAUCCUGGUUACUCGCAUGCGCGUACGAUUGGAGAGAUCGAGAAGCGGAAUGGUGGUCCGGGGAGGGGUGGGUGGAGGGGAGAGGAUAGGGAGGCGAGGAUGUAUGUUUUUGAGAAGAGAGGGGCUGAGGGAGUUGGGGGAGCGGGUGCUGCUGGCGGGAAGAAAAGGAAGAAAGGGGGUAAGGGGAGAGGUGGGGAGAAUAGCGAUGAUGAUAGUGAUUAAGCGGGUUUAGCUCUUUGGGCCGUUAUGGUUUUGAUGUUGGUGUAUAUUAUUUUUGGUGAAGCAUCUCCGGAAAUGACUAUGCCUUCGAAGCGAUGGCGGGAAUUAUAACUUCGAUGAUGUUAUAUAUAUAUGUAGAAAUAUGUAAUGAUAGCAACUAUUAAAAGUAUGUGCCUAGUAUUGAGAUAUGUGCGAUAAGUGAAACUCCAAAUAGAGGGGAAAUCCCAUUCCUUCCCAGCCAUCCCUCCCUUAAAACGCCAUGGACGGGUAAAAAAAGCAGAAUUCUUAAAGAAUAAAUAAAAUCAAAAAAUGCUAUGAAAUAUAA